AAUAGGUUAACGGGGCGCCGCCGCCAUUUUGCACGAGGAGCGGUGAGGGAGCGGAGGUGCCGAGCGGCGGAGGGCAGUUUAGUUUAGUGUCGUUUCGGCCUGGUUUUAGGAAGCAUUUCCGAACCAUGCGUAGAUUUAGAUAGUGACUGCGUCCUUUUUAUUAAGGGGAAAACUUUUUUUCCGAUAUUUAAGAGCUCUCAGUGAACGGAAAUAAUUUAAAUUUAAAACGCAGCGAUGGCGGAAGACACAGCGAAGGCGGACGCGUGUAAAGAGUACCUGUCGUCGUUGGAAGACCUAACUUUCAACAGCAAGCCUCACAUCAACAAUCUGACCAUCCUGGCCGAAGAGAACCUGAAGUACUCGCCGGAAAUCGUCAAGUUAAUCGAAGCGCAAAUAUCCAAGGCCCCAGUUUCAGAGAAGCUUCCCGUAAUGUACCUCAUGGAUUCCAUUGUGAAGAAUGUUGGAGGAAGCUAUAUCACACUCUUUGCUCAAAACUUAGGUGUUACAUUUUCUAGUGUUUUUGAAAAGGUGGAUGAGAGCACUAGAAAAAGUUUGUUUAAAUUGCGCUCUACAUGGGAUGAUAUGUUUCAACUGACGAAACUUUAUGCCUUAGACGUCAAAGUCAACAAACUAGAUCCUGCAUGGCCUAUUAAGCCGUUACCACCAAAUGUGAACAGUUCAAGUAUUCAUGUAAAUCCCAAGUUUUUAAAUAGAUCGCUUGAAGAACCCAGCACCUCAAGCUCUGCAGUUGCUCCUGUUAACUCAGCCAAACAAAACAUUACUGAGUCACAGAAAAACGUAACACAGGAGCAAGAGCAGUUUAUAAGACAACAACUGUUAGCAAAACAAAAGCAGUUACUUGAGUUACAACAGAAGAAGUUGGAGCUGGAAUUAGAACAGACAAAAGCACAGCUGAUUGCUUCACUUGCUUCCCAACAUCCCAUUCCUGAUUCAAUGGUAACUCUUGGACAUGCCAAACAACAUGUGCCAAUUACAAAAGUUUCUCCCAUGCUCUCAUCAGGGGCUGGAAAGCCAACGCCAGCUGCAGUCAGACCCUUGCAACAAUCGGCUCAGCCAGAUAAAUUUCAGGCAGCACAUGCCAGUGAUACCAAAGCAUCAAAUAGAGAUCCUCGCAUAAAUAGGUUCAGUCAACAGACAAAAGAUUUUGCUAAGAAGGAUGGAACAUUGCAAACAAUGAAACUGGACAAAACUGUAAGCAAGCAAAUUAGCCCAGCUAGGGGAUCCUCUGAGAAGGCAGCAGUAUCAAAACCAGACAAAGAUAAGGCCUGUGACAGAUCGUUCCGAAAGGAGUCUAAAGUGUCGGAGGGUAAAUCUAAAGUGGUUUCACCAGUGAAAAAUAAGUCAUCUGUUAAAAAUGCGAAAAAAGUGGACACUGAGAAGGUAAAAGUAGAAGUUGCAAAGAGAGAUCCAAGGUUGCGAAAGUCUUCUCAAGAUAAGACUGAUAGCAAAGUCGAAUCAAAAGAAAGGAGGGCAAAUACAGAAAAAAAGGUAGAUGAAGAUCAGAGUAAAGGAACUGAACGUAAGCCUUCAGUUACAAGAAACAGAACAAGCAGUGGCAUGCUGGGAAAUGAAAUUGAAAGAGAUGUUAAACCUGGAGGAUUUAAUUUCAGAUCACAUCCUAGAUCAUCAAGAUCACAGUCCCCAAGAUCGCGAUCACCAAAAUCACGGUCACCUAUAACACGUUCAAGACAACGAAGCAGACUGUCACCCAAAAGGAGACGUAUAAGUGUUUCACCGCUUUCCAAAGUGCAGGACAAAGAAAAGGCAGCAAUAAGACCCUUAUCUGACGAGUAUAAACAAAAUAUUAACUGGGAACAUCGAGAUCUUAGAAAGAAAGCAAACUUCAAACUAGAAGCAAGAGAUUCAAGGAAACCCAAGAGGGUGCGAGAUGACAGAAGUCAGGAAUCGCAAGUGGCACGUCCUGAAAACAGAAAUUCUCCCAGAAGCUCCCCUGAGCCAAAAGAGAAUGUUGAAAACUGGCAUGACCCUCCAUCUGCCAAAAGGUGGAAGUCUGGCUGGGAGGAAACUAAAAGCUUGAAGCAAAAACAGGAUACUCCAGCACAUACGAAAUAUACAUACCAGAAGGAAGCCCAUCCUGGAAAUAAAGGAAUUCUGUCUCCUCGAACACCACGACAGCAAAGAAUGAGUGUUGAUGCAAACUUGCAAAUCCCCAAAGAAUUGACGAAUGCUAGCAAGAGAGAUUUGUUGAAAAAAGCAAAUCAACGACUAGCGGCUGCAGAAAUAAGUUACGAUGAGUUUUUGGUGGUUGCUCAUCAAAUCAAUCAAUUGUUCCAAUACCAAGAGGAAAAGAAUAGGUCUGGCGAUUGGCAAGCAUCCCACGUUUCUCCUAGGAGUUUCAAAACUGAACUGAAGGGAGAUUCUCCAACUAGAACCCAAGGUAAAGGCGCAUCUUUAUCUGAAGCAGAACUGAGCUACCUUGAGCAUAUGUCUAAAUUAAAAAGAACCAGGGUUCAAUCAGAACAAUCGCAUGAUACAGAACUUCGCUGGAAAACAAGAGAGAAUCAUAAGAAGGAUGUAUCUGGCGAUCUUGGUGUAAGAGAAGGUGAUCAAGGAAACAAAUCCCCAAAUCUGAGCGGCAGCAGGCAUGACGUGAGAGGUUCUUUUCAGGAAAGGAAACUUGGAGAAAAAAGAGAGGGAGGUGAGAGUGGGCAUCACAGUGAAGGAAGGCAUUCAGAAAGAAGAAAACCUUGUGAUAAAACUGUGAGACAUUCUCCUGUUGGUGAUAAUAGACAGUUGCAUGAGAAACAUUGUGAUCGUGUGUCCCCAGCACAUCAGCAUACGAACCCUAUAGUAGAUGAGCGAAACCAAAGUAACACACGUGAUAGCAAAAAACACAUAGACGAAGCAUUGCCAACUAAAAGAAGUUCACCAAUUUCUGAAGAUCGAUACAAAACAGAUUCUAAUCAUGGAAUGAGACAACUAGAGCUGACAAGAAAUGAACAUAAAGAUCAGCGGCAAGGGGCACGUCAAUCUGAAAGAGAUCUGAAAGAAUUUGGUCCAAGAGAGAGAGCAGACUCAAAAAGAGAAGAGCCAAGGCAGCGUGACCGUCGUUCAGAAGAAAGACCGGCUUAUGAUGCACCACAGAGGGGUGCUGGCCUAGUUGAAAGUUUGCGUCUGAGAUCUGGUGUACUUGAAGUUUCACAGAGAUUAAGUGACAGAUCACUGCCAGGAAAAUCUGGACCUGUAAAGAAUGUGGAUAAAAUAAGAACUGAUGAAUCCAUUGAACCAGAUAGGACAUGGGUUCUUGGUCGGGAUGGAUCUCCAAGCUGUGACUUGCGCAUUACUGGAUCUAGGAUAAGAUUGCCGGAUCUCCCUGCACCACUUGUCCAGCCUAUUAAUGAUGGCCCUGAGCAGUCUGGUCUUUGGAGUGAAGGUAUUCCAGGUCAACCAAGUAAACAUUUUGAAAGUCUUGGGCAGUCUGGAGCCUGUUUUGAUGGUCCACACAGAGGGCACCCUGCUGCAGGCUUUGAUUGUCCAGGUAACCUGCGUGUAGGACAGCCCUGUGUGCGAUUUGAAGGUCCAGGUGGCCCACGUUCUGGGCUGCACUUUGAGAUUUCGCGCCCAAGGCAACUUGGGCCACAUUUCGAUGGCCCUCAUCUGGUACAGUCUGGACCACGUUUUGAUGGUCCUCACCCUGGGCAACUUGGCCCACGCUUUGAUGGCCCACACCUCGGUCAGCCUGGAGUGCGUUUUAAUGGUCCCCAUCUCGGGCAGCCCGGGGCACGGUUUGACAAUGCUGGUGGUCCACUGCCUGGUGUGCACUUCGAGGGUCCACAGCCUGCUACCCGCAUUGAUGGUUCGCAUCCUGGUCCCUUUGACAAUCAAGGUGGUCACCCAGGCCAGCCAAGCUCACGUUUUGGGCAGCCCACAGUACAGCCCGGUGCUCAAUUGGACAAUCCUGGAGCUCAUCAAGGGCACCCUCGCUUUGAUCCACAUCCUGGGCAACCUGGCAUGCCUUUUGAUGUCCCACAUCCACGACAGUCCUGCACGCGCUUUGAUAAACCUGAUGGUCUUGUAGGACAUCCCCAUUUGCGUUUUGAUGGUCCACAGUCUGGGCAACCCAAUAUGCGCAUUGAUUGUCCAGGAUCACGUCUCGGGCAGCCUAUUACCCGCUUUGAUGGUCCACGAGAACUUGGUGCACAUUUUGAUGGUCCUGGUGGUCGUGCAGCACAGUGUGGUGUGCGCUUUGAUGGCCCACAAAUGGGACAGCCUGGUGCACACUUCGAUGGAGCAAGCAGUCACCCAGGCCAAUCUGCUUUUCGUUUUGAUGGUCCUGCAGGAACUCGGUUUGACAUUGGUGCCCAGCCAAGUGCAUAUUUUGACAAUUCUCGUGGGCCACAAUUUGAUGGGGCUCCUGGGCAUCCAGAUCCUAGAUGCAUUGUCACUGGUCAUUUAUUUAACAAUCAUCCUCAAAGCUCACAAUAUCAGUCAAGAGGAUUUGAUGGACAAUCUGGACCAAGAUUUAAUAUGCCUCAAGGAUCACAAUUUAAUGAAUCAGCUGUACCUGGAGCCUCAACUUUGACCAAUCCAACCUAUGUGCCAACAACUGGUCCUUGCUUCGAUGGCCAGACACCAAUGUCUCGAUUGGCAGGACCACAUAAUAAUGACCAAUAUGAUCCGCUGUGUGGAACAUUUUAUAACAGUAACCUUUCAUCACCUGAAAACCUGUCUCGUCAACUACAGCCUGUUAAUGCCCUGGCUGGUUUUCCCUGCAAUCACGUUUCUUUUCGUCAAGGGCAACAGUAUCUGCCAUCUCAAUCUUCUGUUCCUGUUACACAGAUUCAGCAAGGAUCAUCCUUUGCGCCUUUGGAUAAUCAUUUGGGGCAGCUGGAUGUGAAUGAGCUGUUUUCAAAGCUGAUUUCCACAGGAAUUCUGAAGUCAACUCCUGUGGAUUCCACCCCAACACAAGAUGAAUCCCAGGCUUCCACUACAGUUGAAGAUGAUGAGGAAGAAGAAAAUGAGGAAAACAUUCCAGAUCUUACCAACUUUAAGAUUGAGGAACUAAAGCAGAGAUAUGAUGGUGUUAUCAGCCGCCUGUACACAGGCAUUCAGUGCUAUUCUUGUGGAAUGCGAUUCACAGCAUCGCAAACCGAUGUUUAUGCAGACCAUUUGGACUGGCAUUACCGAAUGAACAGAAUGGAAAAGGACAUAACUAAGAAAAUUACUUACAGAAAGUGGUACUACAGUUUAACGGACUGGAUAGAAUAUGAAGAAAUUGCUGACUUGGAAGAACGUGCUAAAAGUCAAUUCUUUGAGAAGGUCCAUGAAGAGGUUGUGCAAAGAACGCAAGAAGCUGCAAAAGAAAAGGAAUUUCAAAGUGUACCUGCUGGACCUGCAGGAGUGCAUGAGAUCUGUGAAAUCUGUCAAGAGGCUUUCGAGCAGUAUUGGGAUGAAGAUGAAGAAGAGUGGCAUCUGAAAAAUGCACUUCGUGUGGAUAAUACAACCUAUCAUCCAGCAUGUUAUGAAGAUUAUAAAAAUGCUUCAUUUACAGAUUCAACUCCAUCUCCAAGUGACGCUCCUUUGGAAAAUCCAUUACAUUCAGUUAUUAAACAGGAACAGUUGGAUGUUAGUGGCAAGGCAUCUGAUCUUGCCAACAGCUGUAAAAGUACUGAGACUGAUGCCAGCAGUGUGUUAACGGACAUUAAAACUGAAAAAGAUACUGCAACUGUGAAAAUGGAUACAGUCUAAGUCUUUUAUGAAGUGAUUUUUCUUUUCACUUAACAGACUUUAGCAAAGGAAGAAAAAUUGGUUGGAUUUGAUGUAUCCUUUCGUAUGAGGGUGACUAUUUUACUACACUGAAGUGACACUACCUCUUGUUAUGUUUGAAAUCAUUGGGAAACAUGCAAAGCAGCAAUAGUACAUUCUACCUUCAAGGAACAUCAAAUUUGAACCCCUCCCUAUUUGUUUUAUAUUUUAUUUGAGACGGGGAUCUCAGUUGAAGUUAAAUAUUGAAUACAUUUUGGUAUUUGUAUGUUCAACUGCAUGUGCAGUUCAGGUGUGCAUUACUGUGUGAGUGCUGCAGAUGUGUGAAUGCACUUGUGGAAUGAUAAUGUUGCUUUUUUGUAAGAAUGUAAAUUCUAAAAAAAUAAAAUAUUUUUGAAAUG